GUUCAUAUACCACCGUCAGUGCCAUAUUCGUCGUCGUCGUCGUCGUCUUCGUAUUUGCUUUCAUUUGCUUCCUCUCCUUCAUCGUCUCACUCUUCCUCUUCACCCACACCAUCCCCAUCCUCGUCAUCAUCACGAAUCGCUGCUUCUUCCACUUCUCCACCAACAAAUGUCUAUUCGAAAAAACGCAAAAAAUCUUCAUCUUUUGCGGUGUCCGAUUGCUCGUGUAUACAUCCGUGUGAUUUAAUCGAAGGUGCUGAUGCAUCGCCAUUCGCGUCCACCUCGCAAAUCAUUCGUUAUGUCGGCGAUUACGCGCCUCAAAAUCGUCCUGAAGGGAUCUACGACUUUUUCUCGUCGCCAAAUCAUUGCUCAUCAAGACGUCGAUACUGUGAUGCGUUGCGGGAACGUCAAUACGCAUGGAAGGAAUCCGUGAGACGAGCUCAGUUUCGUACCUCUUCUACAACAGAACAGUCACAAUCAUCAAGGGAACAUCUUGAUUCCGUCUCAUCAACAGUAUUAUCACCAGCAGUCACACCUCAUCAUCACCCGACCACAUCAGCACCGAGCAAUCGUCGUUCCAACAACUACGUCGGAUCCAUACAUCAUCCGGGUUCUUCGAAUUUCCUAGAACUGCCCGAUGAGAACGAUGGAAUCGCAAAGAGUCUGUCAGCCUAUGCAGAUGAUCGAUACGAUAUGAUCCAGUUGUCGAACGGUGAUGCUGACGAGCGCAAUCGCCGACGACAGAAUGAAGUGUAUCGCUUGGAUUCCACAGGUGGUGACGAAAAUGAUUUAGGCGACGAGGCGAUGGAUGAUGGCUAUGAGAAACGGGCGGGGAAUGAGCCUGAGGAGGUGGAUAACUAUAUUAGUGAAUGGCGAACGACAGCAAGAUCAAGACGUCGGGUUGUGAUGAGAAAUGCUGAGUCGAGAGUGCAAUGGAGGAGGGCAUCUUCCUCAUCGUCUGCAUCACGGCUAAUCGCCUCGACUGAUCGAUAUCGCGUCGUAUCACGGUUGUUUCUUCGUAUGGUGACUGAAGUGCUGUUCUUUUCGUUGUUUGCUUUCGUUGUUUUUUGGUAA